AUGUCGUCUGAUGCAUUUCUCCCAUUAUCCUCGUCCCCAGCUUCUCCCAGACUAUUGCCGCGGCGUCCCAGUCUGGAUCCAGAGCGGGACAUUCUAACACCGCGCGGGCAACGUAUCUGGACUUGGUUACCCAGUCGCAACUCCAGCACUGCGUUACGUGACCUCGAUGAAGAAUCGAUUUCCCCCAUUUUUGUCCGACGGGGCUCUCGGUUGAUUGGACAUAGCAAUCCUCGAUACGAAUGGCAACGGUAUUAUCGAUCACCAGACAGUCUGAAAGGUCUUCGCAAGCCAGUCCGACAAUACUAUGAGAAUACCAACUCGUUAAUCUCUCAAUAUCUAUACAUAGAUCGACUUUUGGAUUCUUCUCUACCACACAACCUGAUCGAAGAUUACAAUGGAUGUCACCACCAUUCACCACUGGCACCUGAGGCUUCUCAGCAAUCAAACGGGGCCUCUGAAGCUGAAGCUACUCAACCCGGGUCACAAAAUGCCAGACUCAAGCGUACAGCCCAUAACUUGUAUCGAAUUCCAGAUGAAACAGCACCACUACUUACCCCACCAACUGAGAAUGACAACUGUACUCACCAUGACAUGCCGGACAUGGAGUCAGAGCACAGGAUGAGCCCAGAAAAAGAGGAAAAACUCAUCAAUCUUGCCAUUCGCAUCAACUUCGCUGCAAAUGUGAUUCUCCUCGGCUCGAAAAUAGGUAUCAUGGCUUUGACAAGUUCCAUGUCAGUCCUAGCAGGAUUGGUUGACGGUGUACUCGAUUUCCUCAGCACCGUGAUUAUCUGGAUUACGACCACUAUGAUUCGUCGACAAGACCGUAAUCGAUAUCCGAUUAGUCGGCGCCGAUUGGAACCACUGAGUGUCUUGAUCUUCUCUGUGAUUAUGGUCACCUCCUUCUUUCAAGUAGCAAUUUCUUCGAUCAAUAGGUUGAUGGGUCAGGAUCAAACGCUUGUCGAACUUUCUCUCCCAUCGAUCGGACUGAUGGCAGCAACUGUUAUUAUCAAGUUGCUGUGCUGGAUAUGGUGUCGUCUUAUUCCUAGCCCAAGCGUGCAAGUAUUGGCGCAGGAUGCUAUGACAGAUGUUGUAUUCAACACCUUCAGCAUUAUUUUCCCGUUGAUCGGAUCCUUUGCACGCCUUUGGUAUCUCGAUCCUCUUGGAGGUGUUUUCCUAUCAGUCUACAUCAUGUGGAACUGGGGUCAGACUGCAAGCGAGUAUAUCCGACGACUAACAGGUGCUGCGGCUUCUGCCACGGAUCAUAGCAUCCUGCUCUACAUGACUAUGCGAUUCUCGCGAGUGAUUCAGAAGAUUCAAGAUGUCAAGGCGUACUACGCAGGCGAUAAAUUGAAUGUCGAAGUUGAUCUCGUUGUGGAUGAGAAGACCAGUCUCCGUGACAGCCAUGAUGUGGGAGAGAGCCUACAAUACAUCCUGGAGAGUGUCCCGACCGUGGAUCGGGCUUUUGUCCAUCUGGAUUAUGACGAGUGGAAUCUCCCCAGCCAUAUGAACCAACUGGAUCGUUGA